AUGGCUUUCUGACUUUUAUGAUGGGGGAAAAUUACAAACUGGUCAAAUAAGUUUAUUUCCCAUCCUCAGCACGGAUGCUUUUAGAAAGAUGCCAGAUAUAAAAUUUCUCCAACUAAACUACACUAAUUUUCAUGGAAGUUUUGACCACUUUUCCAAGAAUUUGAUAUGGUUAUGUUGGCAUGGAUUGUCUUUGAGCUCCAUACCAAAUCACGUAUGCUUGGAGAAGCUGGUGGUUCUUGAUCUAUCCAGAAGCUGUCUAGUUGAUGCUUGGAAAGGCAAUCUGUUUCUUCCAAAAUUAAAAGUUCUCAAUCUCCAUCACUCUCAAGAUCUCAUUAGAACCCCAGACUUCUCGGGUCUUCCAAGUCUUGAAAAGCUAAUACUUGAAGACUGCAUCCAUUUGGUUCAAAUUCACGAAUCUAUUGGUGAUUUACAAAGAUUGUUGAUCUUAAAUCUAAGAAAUUGUACAAGUCUUAUGGAGCUUCCAGAAGAAAUGAGUAGAUUGAAUUCACUUCAACAGCUGGUUUUAGAUGGUUGCUCAAAUCUUGACAGCCUGAAUAUGGAGUUAGAGCAUCAUCAAGGGCGCAAGUUGCUUCGAAGUGAUGGAAUUGUUGCAAGUGCAUCAUACAUUACAUCUCUUCCAUUGAAGCUAUUCUUUCCCUCUAGGUUUUCAGCGAGGAAAAUGUUGAGAUAUAGCUCGUUUGCACUGCCAGGCUCCUUGACGAGACUAGAUUUAAGUGGAACAACAAUGCGUUCUCUUCCAGAAAGCAUCAAGGAUCUUGGUCUACUCUACUUCCUAUGUUUAAGAAAUUGCAAAAUGCUUCAGGCACUCCCAGAGCUUCCAUCCCAUUUGGAUUCGUUAGAUGUGUCCUUUUGCUAUUCACUGCAAAGCAUUACAAAUCGACACCGUUGGAUUUUAGCAGAUGGUUGUGAUCACUUAGUCGAGUUCCAAGAUCGGAUGAAGCAAGAAUUAAUCCAAAAGUUUGACUCUCACAUGUUCAGAAUAAUGGAAACGGUUAGUGCUCAGAUACAGAAAUCGAGAUUUCAGGUCCUCCCUCACCCAUUUUAUUGUUUUGGAAAUCUACAUUUGAAUACUUUUCUUUUGCUCAUUUUAUAGACAUUAUUGUUUUGGUG